UACAUGGCUUCUUUUCACUUUCUUUUCCCUCUUUUUUCCCACCAUCUGGGGUUUUUUCCUUUCAAAAGGUAGGUUUUUUAAUUUUAUUUUCUAAUAAAAAAAGUACCCAAUUAAUUAGGGUUCCUCUAAUUGAAUUUCAUUUUUGGCUUAGUUUUGAACCUCUUCUCAAAGCUUGGAUUUGAAUUCCAUCAAUCUCCUUCCCCAAAAGCAGAGUUCAAUCAAAUCUCAAUUAGUUCAUUUUCCAUUCAAAAAGAAGAAAAACCAAAAAGAGAAGGAAAAAUGUCUAAUAAUAAAAUGAAAGGCCUUCUCAAAGGCCUUAGAUACAUUUCUCAAAUAUUUGAUAAUGAGAAAGAACCUGAAAUGCAAAUUGGGUUUCCCACAGAUGUCAAACAUGUUGCCCAUAUUGGAUGGGAUGGUCCUUCAGUCAAUUCUCCAAGCUGGAUGAAUGAAUUCAAAGCUCCACCAGGAAUAUCAUCUGCUCCUCAUCAAGAAGAUGCCUCUGGCCAAUGGGCUUCUCAAGAUUCAAAAAGAGACAUGGCAGUUACGACUCGUGACCUGCCGGAGCUACCUAAAUCAUCGAGACGGCAGUCGUCCACCGUCGGCGGAAGCGUGGGGGAGUCUCCGACCACGAGAGAGAAAUCGGAGAAGACGAAGUCAAAAAAGUCUUCAAAGUCCAAGGAAUCUUCUUCGUCGGAUUCGCGCCGGAGCUCCGAUCUGAACCAGGGCAGCGAAUCGCCGACGCAGAGCCUUCCCGGAGUUCCAAAGAAAGCGCGGCGGAAGAAAUCAAAGGAGGAAGGAUCGACGAGAUCAAGAUCCAAAACCACGGCGGGCGAGACUUGCUCGUCUCAGAUCUCCGAUAACGGGUCGGACGCUGGAUCGGUAGCCGGAUCCAUUUCUAGAUCCAACGACGAUGACUUGUUAACGGGAGAUGGGGUUUUUACAUGAAAAAUAAUAAAUAUUUGCUUUUGGGGAAGAUGGAAAAAGGGAGAGGGGCAAUUAUGUAAUUUAAGGUAGUAGGUAAUUUAGGGCAAUUUCUUAGUUUUACUUUUUACUUUUUAUUUAUUUUUAAUUUUUUUUUUGAAACAUAUUAAGUCUUUUUUUUUUAAAAUACCUUUUUAUUUCUAUUUUCUAUCAAUGGGUAAAAAAUUGGAAAGUACUUUUACCUUUUGUUCAUAUCUUCUAUCAUUUUCUUGGCCUAUCUUA